UCCUCCCCAGAGAGAGUCGCUUCAUCAGAGAGUGGCUGCGUGCUCACAUCCACGGGGUCAGGGCUGAGGAUGGGGAGAACCUUGGGGACCCAGAAGACCAUGCCCUGCCUGCAAGUCCUGCCUGAAAACCCAAAGGACUUUCCUUAACAGAGCAUCAACACUGCCUGGUGAUUCCUACUUCAAGCCCUCCCUGUGAGAACAGCUCCUCAACAUGAACUACAGUCUCCACUUGACUUUGCUGUGUCUGAGUUUCUUCACUCAAAGGAUGUGCACCCAUGGGAAUCAGUUCAACAUCGAGAUUAGCAGAAGUGACAAGCUUUCCCUGCCUGGCUUUGAGAACCUUACAGCAGGAUAUAACAAAUUUCUCAGGCCCAAUUUUGGUGGAGAACCAGUUCAGAUAGCACUCACUCUGGACAUUGCAAGUAUUUCUAGCAUUUCAGAAAGUAACAUGGACUACACAGCCACCAUAUACCUCCGACAGCGGUGGACGGACCAGCGGCUGGUGUUUGAAGGCAAUAAGAGCUUCACUCUGGAUGCCCGCCUUGUGGAGUUCCUCUGGGUGCCAGACACUUACAUAGUAGAGUCCAAGAAGUCCUUUCUUCAUGAAGUCACUGUGGGAAACAGGCUCAUCCGCCUCUUCUCCAAUGGCACAGUCCUAUAUGCACUCAGAAUCACAACAACUGUUGCGUGCAACAUGGAUCUUUCUAAAUACCCCAUGGACACACAGACAUGCAAGCUGCAGCUGGAAAGCUGGGGCUAUGAUGGAAAUGACGUGGAGUUCACCUGGCUGAGAGGAAAUGACUCUGUGCGUGGACUCGAAAACCUGCGGCUUGCUCAGUACACCAUACAACGGUACUUCACCUUAGUCACUAGAUCGCAGCAGGAGACAGGGAAUUAUACGAGACUGGUCUUGCAAUUUGAGCUUCGGAGGAAUGUUCUGUAUUUCAUUUUGGAAACCUACGUUCCUUCCACAUUCCUGGUGGUGCUAUCCUGGGUUUCAUUUUGGAUUUCCCUUGAUUCGGUUCCUGCAAGGACUUGCAUUGGAGUGACCACCGUGUUAUCAAUGACCACACUGAUGAUCGGGUCCCGCACUUCUCUUCCCAACACCAACUGCUUCAUAAAGGCCAUCGAUGUGUACCUGGGGAUCUGCUUUAGCUUCGUGUUUGGGGCCUUGCUGGAAUAUGCAGUUGCUCACUACAGCUCCUUACAGCAGAUGGCAGCCAAAGAUAGGGGGAAAGCAAAGGAAGUGGAAGAGGUCAAUAUUACUAACAUCAUCAACAGCUCCAUCUCCAGCUUUAGACACAAGAUCAGCUUUGCCAGCAUUGAAAUUUCCAGCGAUAACGUCGACUAUAGCAACUUGACUAUGAAAACCAGUGACAAAUUCAAGUUUGUCUUCCGAGAAAAGAUGGCCAGGAUUGUUGAUUAUUUCACAAUUCAAAACCCCAGCAAUGUUGAUCGGUAUUCCAAACUGCUCUUUCCUUUGAUUUUUAUGCUAGCCAAUGUAUUUUACUGGGCAUACUACAUGUAUUUUUGAGGUGAUGUUGAAUUUUUUGCAUGCUAUAGUCUUCAACAGAACAUGGUAGUGAUGUAAAAGUAAAUGGUAUUCUAGGCUAAGUGUGCACCCUAACCCAAUGGUGCUGCAAGGUACUAAAAUAACAUUUGGGCAUUUCUCCUUAAAGAAUGGACCCUCAACCAUUAUUCUAAGCUGUGUAGAAGUCCUAGCAUUACAAGGACUUGUAACGGAAACAUCGGUCCAUUCCUCUUUCAUCUUUACCAAGCACUUCCCCAUGGAGCCCAAGAUUACAAACAUACUCAGGGUGGACUAUUUGCUCAGUGGCUCCCUGGCCUGUGUGUACCUUAUAUAAAAACGGGAAGGAGACCAUUGCAUGUAUUAGGCAGCCCUACCAUGUCAGGGAUUGUUUCUGAAUUAAUCAUAUAUGUUAUUUACUAAAUCUCUGCAGUACUUACAAAAUGUAUUAUUGACUAGGGAGUAACAUUUUCUAGUUUUUGUUUUUGAUUAAAAUGAAAUGUGGACUUACAUCAAUUCACUGGAAGUAAUUGUACUAACUCAAUAUUAAGAUGAGUUUUUAAUAAUGAGUAUUAUUUAAUACCACAGCAGAAUUGUCCCCAAACUCAUAGUGGUAUUAUUGAAAAAUCAUAUAUAAGCAAAUAAAAAAGUUAAUGGAUCAAUAAUCUAAAACAUAAAUCCCUUGUUUCUAAGAUCCAAUGGAUUCACCAGAUUUGGAGGACUCUGAGGCUUUCUUCGUUCAUUAAACAUGUCAUCAUUUUACUAUUAUAUAUACAUCAGUCCUAAAUCAUACAAAAGCCCCUUUCCCACAUCAUGGAUAGAAAUUGAAAAAAAAAUUUAAAACUUAUUUUAGGAGUCUUAAUAUGGACUUGUCAUAAAGACUUGAAGAAGUAAGUCCAUUUUCUAGCCACCUUUACUCACAUAUUGGUGAGGUACUAAAAGUACUAGCUUGGCUGCCAUCAGAGUCCCUGUCAUUCUGUCAUUUCAGCUGCUCUAAUACAGGACAUCAUGUUCCUAGCAGCAGACCCUCUGCAUCCUUCCAGGAGGAGCUUUCAGGCCUGUGGUCUAAUGACCAGGAAUGAUGCUUAUCAGAUAACAAACUGCAUUAGCCAGGAACAACAGGCUUAGCUCAAGUAAGCUUGGACUUGCUCAGAUCUUUGGUCCUUAUAGCUGGACUACUCUGAGUGGCUUAUCCUGCAUAAGCAGAAGAAUGUUGGUCCUGAGUCCUGAAAGUUCUGAGCAACAAUGGGACAUGUUGCAGAAUCUAUGUUCCAGCCACAGGUGUGCUGUCUUCUCCAA